AUGCCCAAACCCUCCACCUCCGCCUCCGCCUCCGCCUCCACCUCCACCUCCACCUGCGCCGCCCCUCGGCGUCCCCCCAAGCCCCAACCCUCCGCCUUUCCCGAGUCGGUCCUCCUCGACACGGUAGUGUACAUGGGCCGUUGCCGCGGCAACGAGACCACAGCUAGGGCAGAGACGAGCGAUGGCUACCCCAUCGAAGUGUCCUUCUUGGUCGCCGAUCCCCCCGCCCUCGCCCGCUGCUUCAUCUACUGCCCCGUCUUGACGGUGGACGACUUCUUCGAGGCGGCGCCCGAAAUCAUGGCCGCAGACGGCGCCUUCCUCCUCAUACGUGCGAUCUUCCGCCGCCGCAGCAGCUUGGAUCUCGGCAUCUCGCCGACCAUUUCCAUCGGCGUCUUAUCGUGUGGCGACGACCAUUGUUUGGUCGUGGACCUUCGGCUCGACGCUCCUUCUCGAAUGAGGCACAACCCGCCCAUGUUUGUCUUCUCGAGCAAGACCAAGUCAUGGAGCACAAAGAGAGCAAGGCUGGCAUGUGGCACGGAUAGUUCUAGGUAUCUUCGUUUUGCACACAGCAAGGUGUUUGGUGUUGAAGGAAGAUCAAUGGCCUGGGUCGAUGUCACAGUAGGUAUCUUGCUGUGUAGAUCGGUGGCCCAGGACCCUGAGGUGCAGUUCAUCCAGCUGCCGUCACUGACACCUGUCAACAGCAUUCGCUUUGGUGAGACGGAGAUUGGUACCAUGCCUCCACUGGACAGCAUUCGGGAUGUCAGCUGCAGAAAUGGCUGGUUCAGGUUCAUUGAGGUUGAGAAACACAUAGGAUUCUCGCAGUUGAACGACGGCAGGAUCAAAGAGUUAAACUUUGGAUGGGAGUCCACCAUGUUCAAGAGGAGGAUUCAUUCAGAUAAAUGGGGAUGGAAGCCAUGUGGCACUUUCAAUUCGGCUAGCCUUUCGCUCGCCAACUCAUGUUCCCCUGAUGAGAAGAUCUGGGACUACAAGAAGAAGAAGCUAGCCAUCAACAGUGUGGUAAGCUCAUUUCCCACACUCGAUAUGUGCAGCAAUGAUGUCGUUUACAUGUUGGCCAAGGUGAAGCAUACUGACCCAAAUGGUUGGGUUCUUUCCAUCAAUACCAGAAGCAAGAAACUUCAGAAGAUCGCACCCUUCUCUGGUGAUAGUCCCCUUAUCAGUUGCAUCUUCCUGCAAUGUGGAUUCUCCAAGCACCUUAGCAGUGCUCCAGAGAAAUAUUUUACACAUGAGAGGCCAUCUUUUGAUGAGGUCAAGACACUAAUUCGCACUGGUGUAGCAUCAUUUAUGAAUGUUCAUAUUCACCAAGUUACACAAUUUGCUACCAAAAAUGGUCUAGGAAAAGCUGCCUUUGAAGCUGUGAGCACAUUUGAGCGAGCUUCAAAAGAUAUUGAGAACCUGCUUUCUCAACGUUGUCGCAAUGUCCCAUCAACAAGGGCUAAAGCUGUGAGAGAGAAAAUCCAUGUUGCAGUUGAAGCUUUAGACAAGCUCCUGAACAUGCUGCCAUCUAGUUUGCUGGACACAGGGAGAAGCAUGGUUUCAGUUGGGUGCAUGGAUAAUGAAUCUGUCGUUGAAGGCAGCAUUUCUCAUAACAUAUGCAUCCCAGAGCCUUAUGGCCUUGUCUAUUAAGUGUGUCAACACUAAUCUCACUGAAUCCUUAGAUGAAGGGAUCAUUGAUGCAACUCCAGGGCUAAAUUUUAAGUACAAGUUUAGAAUGAUACCAUUAUGUUGUCUACUUGUUGCUUACCUUUCGUGUACUGAAAGAUAUAUGUAUGUUACAUUCAGAAAUGCUAAGCUGU